AAAAGAUCCAAUGUGAAUGGUGUGGUUACCCUUCUUGUUGACUCCCAACCAUUGUCCGUUUUCUGUCACAUGGGAAAUUUUGGGUGUGGAGAUGGAGAAUGGACGCCAGUCAUGAAGAUUGACGGCAGAAAGGUGCAUACUUUCAUUAAAUAAUUCAUUUCCUGUAUAAACCCUCUUUCGCUCUCUUUCAAAACGUUGCAAGUUAAAAACGUGCAUGUAACUUAUGUAUGCCUCUUGUGUUUCAUCGAGAGGGUAAUACAUGAAGAAAAGACCUCGUUCAAGACUUAUUGUGUGUAGUGACUGUUGAAAAAGAAUGAAAAAGAAUGCAUAAAUAUAUGCUAACAUAUUUUUCUUUAAUAUCAUGUAACAGCUAGAUAAGAAAUACACAUCAUUAAGAUCAUAAUUCGGUUAAAAGCUGUUCGUAACAAAGAAUAUAUCGUAUCUGAGUUGAAGUUCCACGCUAGUUAAUGGAUAUGUAGAUAUCACACUGAUUUAAAGAGCUGUCAUUGCUCAUCCCCUACACAGAGAGGGGAAGGGGGGUAGGUAGAGGAGGAUUUUUGGAGGACUAUAGAACAUUUAGGGCCGACCAACUUGCCAAUGAGGAGGAAUCGUGGAUCAUAGGAAUAUCACAGAGUCUUAUCGGGGGAUCAGUUUACUUUUAUCGCGACACAAACAAACUCCAAUUUUUUUUUGUCAUAUCUAAAAAGAGAUAAGAAUUUCUCUAAGGAAUAACAACGUCUAUCAUCCUUCAUUCACUUCACAAAUUAUUAUCACAUCAAUGCCUCUUGAUUGGCGGGCAAAUGAAAAAACAUCAGAACGCCUUAUAACUAGAUAGGUAUGUCAUGCACUGAUCUACGUUGCAAGGUCCGUGUUGGAAAAAAAAAGACCUUAGUCUUCACGACACGAUGCUGUAAACACCAACGGUAAAACAAAUGAGUAAUGGAUCAAUAAAUGCAGAUACACGACAGGAAUUCGACAGCAAAUAUCCAUUAAUUCGGAGUAAAUAAAAAAAUUGAAUUGCUCCUAUAUUUCAGACCACAUUCCAUUAUAAUAAACAUUACUGGAUAAAAAAUCAAGGAUACAAUCUUCCCGGAGGGGAGACUGGGUUCGACAGACAGGAAUCAAAGCUACCCACCUACUGGAACACAUCCUUCUUCAAGAUCUGUCUCGGUAUGAAGAUCCACCAACAGCUCAGGUUCAUUGUCAUCCACGAGCAAGCUGACUCUCUGUACUCACUGAUUGCUGAUGGCCAAUACCGCGCCACCUCACUGGGUGGUGAGAAGUGGAAAGAGUUGAUUGGUUCCCAAGGCUCAUUACAGUACAACUGCAACAAAGAAGGGUUCAAUUUCGUUUGUAGUUGGAGUGGAUAUUCUAAAGCCAGAAUUGGUAUUGUUAGCAACAACGAGGAUGAGUGUGACUCGUGCAACUCGAGGAUCAGAUUUGGCACAGCAGGGAGACCUGGCAAUUCAAACACGUGCGGUAACGAGGCCGAUGUUUCUCCAGAUAAUGGAGACAAACACAUCAAAGCCAUGGGAUACAUCUUGGUACAAUAA